UUUUUUUUUUUUAUUAUUAUUUUUUUUCCCUUUGUUUUCCAACACUGAAUAAUUUGAUUAUGGUUAAUGAUCAUGUUGCAAGAUUACAGGAACUGCAGCCAUAUUUAAAUGUGUUGAAAGAUGGAUCGACGAAGGAACGAGCCAAGAAGAAAUCAGCUUUGGACAAGGUCAAGCAAUUGGGAUUUCAAGAAACAGCCAGUUGGCCAGUCCAUGAACAAACAAUGCUUUUGGAAACGCUUUUGGAUUCACUUGUUUUAUGGUCGACUCAGAGUGAGAUUGAAUAUAUUCGAGAAAAGACGGUGAUGUUACUUCAAUGUUAUGUGACAAGGAUAGAACAACCCAAGGCAAAAGUGGUGAUAGAGACAUGUUUACAACGAUUUCCUAGUGAAGAGACGGAAGAAAUUCGACAAGGAUGGAUCCAAGUAUGUGUGGAUGUAUUGAACAAAAAACAACCUCACAUGGAUGAAGAAGACUGGUUUACUUUGGCUACAUUGGCAGUGAAGGAUCCAUGUCCUGAAGUGAUCAAACAAGGUGCCUCAUUGGUGCUUGAUUUGGCCAGGUUGUAUCCCAAAGCAGUGGCAUAUCGUGGCGAACAGACCAUUAUUCAUUCCGUCAUACCUUUAUUGAUACAUAAACAUGCAGCCAUUCGUGUUCUUGGUAUCAAGGCAAUGUAUCAAGUUUUAUUAUGUUCUUCCCAAGGUAUGAAAGCAUUAUCCGAUCUAUUGACUAAGUUGGUACAUGAUCAUACUGUCCAAGUACGUACAACGUUCUUUACAUCGGUGGGAGAUCUUUUAAUCCAUUGGCUUCCUACAGAUCGAUAUGAUCAUGCGGGUCGAUUGCUUCCUGUGUUAUUUGCAGGUUUGAUGGAUGAAUUGACAUCCAUUGCUGAAACAAGUCGACAUCAAUUGGAUCAAUUGGGUAAAGUAUGUUAUCAAGAUUUGAUGGAUGCUGGUAUCAAUACUUCUUCUUCUUCUUGUUCUCAAGUGACUGUGGGCUUGAAGCAUUUAGUACAUCAAUGUUAUGAAGCAAGUAUGAAACGUUUGAUGGAUGAUAGUAAUGACUUUAUUCCCAACAAGAAAAGGACGGCUUUGGCAGCAUUGGAUGCAUUUUUAUCUUAUGUAUCAUCAGAUGAUAUGAUUCGAAGCAACAAAUGGGUGAUUCAACGAUGGAUGAUCAUCAUGGCAGGUGAACAACAACACUUCAUAGAUAAAAUCACUUGUACCAUCGCACAUUUGAUCACUUGGCCCAUUCUUCUCGAUCAACUCUUACCACGAUUAUCCAAACCAAACCUGAUGGCGGAAUCAAGUCAGCUCCCAGCGAAUAUCACUGUAUCUGUCAUUUGGCAAAUCAUCUCGAUGUAUCAUCAAGCAGAACCCAUCUCUGAUCAAGACAAACAACGGAUCAUCACUAGUUUUAGAGCUCCUCAUGUUUUUCCUUUUUUGCCAUCCCCUGAUACCCUAGAUAGUUUUUUUUCUAUAUGAUCAUUUACUUUUUGUACACACUUUUUUAUUUUAUUUUGCCAAAAAAAACUAGACAGUAUUAAGAAUAGAUGGUAUUUACAAUGAUAAGAUACAAGAGCUGGGGUAUUUUCUUAAGAGAUCUGUAUAACUAAUGGCAGGUUCUUGUUGAUUACUUGGUAAAUAUUUUUCCUAUCAAAAAAAAAAAGUCAAUGGAAUGUAUAUGUUUUAUUAUUAUUAUUACCAUUU